GUCUCGACUGUCCAAGUGAGGCGCGUGCAUGCGCUCUAAGAGACAAAGGCGAGGAGAUUCGAAGUGGCGAGUGUCGAGCGAAGAUUUACCAGGUAGACAGGAGCCUCUUUCCCAGUUCACAUGGUGAUAUAGUGAAGUGUCUAAUAGAUAGAUAGAUAGAUACUUAGCCUCCAUGUGAGUAGAGAAUCUUUAGAAGAGAAGACACCUGGUGGUUUAGAGAGAAGCAUUUCCCACAGAGCAUGGCCUCUGCCAAAGAGGACAGCAUGGAUCAACGAGUGGCCCGCAUUAAAGAAGAGGACUGUGAGUGGGAUGCACCCGAGGAUUUGUGCGUGAAGCUGGAAGAGUGUGAAGUAAGAAUUUCCGGUGUUAAAGAGGAGGAGUCCAUGGAGGAGAUUGUCCAGGUUAAAGUGGAGGAUUCAAGCGAGGUCUUGGCGAGUCCUGAACUGCAAACGUAUGACGCUGAGAAUAUUAUCAAACUGGAGUCUCAUUACAGUUCAGGGCCCCAGCCCACUAAGAAGGCAGAACCUGUGGAAGUGAAAUCUGAGCUCUCGGAGUUUGAGGAGAAAGUGACUGAAGGAAACGGGAGAGAAGAAGAGCAGCAGCCAUCUAGGAGUGUUGGAAAAAAUUUUCAACAUCAUGGCUACUUAUCCCCAACAUCUUUUGCUCAGAAUUUUCCACAGCACAGACCUGGAAAGGAGCUACAUGAUAACAAUACAAAGGAAUUGACAUUUGGGUCAAAUGUUAAAGUGCCAGCGUCUUUGCAAAAUGUAUUCCCAACAGACGUUACACAGUCGAGAGCAGAAAUCAUCAACACUAGCCAGCAGAUGGAAAUGCCUGCUCCAGUGCCUUUAGAUAUCUCCCAGGAGAGUGGAGAAAAACCUAACUCUAACAUUGAAGAUAUCCUGAGUGUACAAGAAGAAAAGAAGCCACAUUGCUGUCCUGAAUGCAACAUACAAUUCUCGGACAAGGGUGAUUUUGAAGGACACAUUAAAAUUCACAUUGGUGAGAAGCCUCAUUCCUGUUUAGAAUGUGGCAAACGAUUUUCACAAAUAAGCCAUCUCCAUAGUCACAAACGAAUUCACUCUGGAGAAAAGCCGUAUUCCUGUUCUGAAUGUGGCAAACGCUUCUCACACACAAGCAAUCUUAAGACACACAAAAUAACCCACUGUGCAGAGAAGCCAUAUUCAUGUGAUGAAUGUGGCAAACAAUUUGCCCAAUUUGCCUAUCUUCAGAAACACAAGCGAAUUCACACCGGGGAAAAGCCAUAUUGCUGUUUAGAAUGUGGCAAAACCUUUUCACGCAUUAACAAUCUGAAGGCACAUGCAAGUGUUCAUACUGGCGAGAAGCCAUAUUACUGUUCUGAAUGUGGAAAAAGAUUUUCACAAGUUAGAUACCUUAAUUCACAUAAGAGAAUUCACAGUGGGGAGAAACCACAUUGUUGCCCAGAGUGUGGCAAACGAUUCUCAUUUUUCAGUGAUCUUCAAAGACACUCAAAAGUUCAUACUGAAGAAAAACCAUUCUGCUGUGCUGAAUGUGGUAAACGAUUCUCACGUCUAAGUUAUUUUAAGACACACAUGAGAAUUCACACUGGUGAGAAGCCAUAUUCCUGUUCUGAAUGUACUAAAUGUUUCUCAUGUCUGAAUGCUCUUCAAACACACAGACGAAUUCACACAGGAGAAAAACCAUAUUCCUGUCUUGAAUGUGGCAAACGAUUCUCUCAGAUAAGCCACGUUAAAAUACAUGCACAUGUUCAUGCUGGAAACAGACCUCAUUGCUGCUCUGAAUGUGGCAAGCGUUUUUCCCUAAUAAGCCACCUUCAGAGUCACAUUAGAAUUCACACUGGAGAGAAACCAUAUUGCUGUUCUGAAUGUGGCAAACGAUUCUCUCACCUCAGUCACCUUAAGAGACAUAUGAGCAUACACACUGGAGAAAAGCCUCAUUGCUGUUCUGAAUGUGGCAAACGGUUUUCUCAGCUUACUGAUCUCCAGAAACAUCAAAGGAUACAUACUGGUGAGAAGCCAUACAGCUGUUUAGAAUGUGACAAACGAUUUUCACAAAUGAGCCAUCUUCAGAAUCACAAAAAAAUUCAUACGGGAGAGAAGCCAUUUUGCUGUUCUGAAUGUGGCAAACAAUUCUCGCAAGUAAGUAAUCUUAAAAGGCACACAAGCGUUCACACUGGGGAGAGGCCUCACUGUUGUUCUGAAUGUGGGAAGCGAUUCUCACAAAUAAGCCAUCUUCAGAUUCAUUCCCGAAUUCACUCUGGAUAGAUGCCAUGUUCCUCUUCUGAAUGUGGUAAAUACUUCUUGCACACAAGCCAACUUAAGUCUCAAUGUUCCUUAAUGUAUUUAGUCCUUUAAGGGAUGGGCCUUGGAAUACUGGCUGUGGACUACUGCAGACUGGAAAAAGUUUCCUCUUCACAGUAAAAACUGACGCCCAUGAUAAAGCUGUGCUUAAGGCUGCUGUGCUGUGAUGUGCCCGCCUGUCACACAAGCUGCUGAACCUCAGAAACUUGUCUUCUGAUAGGUGGUGACUUUGUGUCUCCCAGAGCUCGUUCUAUCUGAGUGGCUUCAAGUUUCCAAUUGCCUUUGGAUUGUGCAGGACACCACUGGACUCACUGACACGUAGAUUAUUAUUGGUUUUUUUUGUGUUUUUUUGCAAUUUUUCUAAAUGAAAGGCCUGCACUUUUCAGGGUAGUAAUCCUCUGUCUGCUUUAAUUUGUUAAUUGCCAUUUUUUUUUUGCCAUUCUAAACUGUAAUAUUGUCCAAAUAGGACUUCAGAGGGUGUAGUAGCCUAAUCUGGAAUGUUCCAGCUCUGCUUUUAGACAGACAGACAGGCAGAGGAGUUUGAAGUAAUCGACACAAGUUGGGACACCUGCGCAAAAUUUGUGCUUCAACUUGCAAGGCUUUGUUUACUUUAGCUGCUGCAGAACAUCUGGAGGAUGAAACCUGGUAGCUGUUCCCAGAAGGAGACGCAUUUGUAAGAUUCUGCUAGUUCAUACUUUGUUUUUUUCUAACGUAAAUUUUAAGUUUAAAUCUCUGACUUGCCUUUUCAACAUUUUAGGUCAUUCGUUGCAGUUCAGCUGUUUUACAUUUGAAGAGAAACUGGAAAAAACGGAGGUGUUCUAAAACUUUUGAACAGUAAUGUAUGUAGUAAUUUAAUUGGCAAAUUUAACAAUGUCUUGUUCAUGUACUGAACUAAAUCUAACAAGAAGAAUCGGCAACAACUUCAGUUAUGUAACCGUUUAUAAGGUGGGGCAAAACUAGCGAUUCGGGAAGGUCGAAAUAACUAACAACAUGGAACAGGGCUGAAUGACGGGCGCUCCAGGAUAAUAAUGGAGAAAACCUGCAGUAGACUGACGAGUGCUUCAGAAGUGUUGAAAAAUGUGUGGGCGGGGGUAUUAACGGGGUACAAAGGAGACUCAAGUAAAAGUUAAUGAAUGAGUUAUUUGUUAUUAAAGAGAGUUGCACAAGGCCCUGAAUACAGUUGUUUGUUUUGUUUCUUGAAUGAUAUAUAAUGGUAUUGCGGUAAAAAAAAAUGGUGCUGCAUGAUAAUAAUCCUGUCAAAGUUAUGACUUGGGACUUUCAUGUGCUUGUUUGACACGAUGUAAGGGGCUUUGAGUCAAAAGGGUCUCAGAGGUCACUUGAAAUUGAUGUAAAGAAUAGAAGGUCAUGUAGUAAUUUACAUGGAAAUGAUACUCAUUUGAGAAAACAGUUUGUGAAUAAAUUUGUUUUAUGUGUUAAGUAUUGUAUAUCAUUUAAUUGUAUGGCUAUUU